AUGGCACAAGUGAUAUGGAAUACAGAUAUAGACGUUUACAAUAGGACGGUGAUACCACUGCUGAUAGCGCGGAGCAUAGCCAACUAUUUACCCAUACAAGAUCUACUAUCGUUUAGUUUGGUGUCAAAGAACACACACCAGGCUGUAAAUGAUCCUACACUAUGGGUUUCAAUUCUUAAGGAGAUGGGUGUAUGGGACCAUGCGAAGCAAGUGACCAAAGAGGACAUUCGAAAGAAUGCUAAAAUGCCCUACCUAAACAACCCAUUGACGUGUUUGGACUAUGUGUAUCGUUCGUUGAAAAAUGCCAAAUACCAGACUCUCAAAAUCCAUAAAUGCUUAUUUCGGUAUUACAACGAUCUACUAAGUAAAAAGAGCUUUGAUAGCCUCAAGUUGUUGAAAGAUUUUCAAACUCCAGAAGAUCAAGCAAAGAUAUUGACCAAUUUACUUUGUUAUAACAGAGUUGAUCAUAUUGAGGAAUCGAGGGUUUUAGCACAUGACAAACUAAGUGACCUUUUCGAGCAAUUUGAAAACACAUUGUUAAGAGAGUUGGAAAUACAUUUUGACGUGGAGGAUUAUGAACAAACGCGACGGUUUGUUAUGAUCUUGGUGUCGCUCAAUAACCAACAGACAUUGAUUGAUUUCUUUUUGCAAAAGAGCAUAUUUGAUGAAGACAUGGAAAUGUUUGGGUUGGUGCCUUUCAGUGUUGAUGAUUACUUUGCAGAACAACGUAUAAACACGGGAUUGUUUGAUAAGUUGAUUACAAACAUUGCUCUAGUUUUCAAUAAACAAUCUGAGAUCAUUGACAAGAUAUUCCCACAGUCAAUACCCAUGAUGUACAAGGUUUGCGAGGAGAUUAUCUCCAACCAGCUCUCUGAGUUAGUUUUAUUUGUCUUAGAAACGUCGAAGAAGCAUGGCUUGUAUUUGAAUGUUGUUCCCUUCAUUUACGGAAAAUUAACUACCAAUUUGAUCAAAGCUUUGGUUCCCUCGCAAAACGUUGGUGAAUCAUACCACAAAUUAGUUGGAGAGCUAAUUGACAUGAUGUUUGAAUCUUUUGCUGCAGAAUAUAUGCGUGAGGAGGUGGCCCAAUUCCGUCUAAACGCACAGGAGAAAUUAAUCAAAUGGAAUGAACAAAUAUCGCAAAGAGAGGCAGAAACGUCGCUGAAAAUCCUCGAAAGUGUCAAGAUUGAAUCUAAGAAUGACUUUUUAACCUCUUUCAAGAGCGUGUUUGCCAUUAGUUCGUCGAAGGAUCCAGUAUCAAAGGAGAAUUUCACAGAAAUGCAAGCAAAGGCAAAGAUAUUGUCUGAAAAUAUUAGAUCGUUAAACAAGAUACUUAGUCCUGAGGUGGUUCUUGAGAUUAUAAACAACGCAACAACAUCAUUGAAUCGUCUUUUGACGUUCAAAGAUUUCACUAUCGCGUCCUUGAGGAGUGACAUUUUCCUGUCUACACAAGAGAUAUUCAUUGACGUGAUGGACACAAUUGGUCUAGAGCAUUUGACUCCUGGUUUUGAUAAGGCAUUAACAUAUUUGCAAACGUACAAUCCCAAUUCCCCAACAUUUACAACGCAACAUAACGAAAAGUUUGCUGAACCGAUUGUGCUAUUUUUCGACUUGAUCAACAUGGCGGAUGUGAUUAUACAAAUGGUAGAUUUCUUCUAUAAGGAGGAAAUGUUGAACAAAAAGAUUGUCAAGCAUGAAAAUAGUAUAUUGAACCCAUCUUUACAGAGUAAAAAGAAAUUGGAAGCUUUGGUUGACAAGAAUGUUGCUGAUGGUUUGAAUAUUGGUAUUGAAUUGCUUGUUCAUCAAAUUGAAACAACUUAUCAAGAGUUGCUACUAGACACUGAUUACAAUCCUCCAUCCGACUCAGUAACGACUCUAGGCCCCACAAAUGCUGCUCAAAAAGCUACAAGCAUACUUGAAGAAAACAUGAAUCUUCUUGUUGAUAGUGCUGAUAAGUCAGUUGUUGAUGUAUUUCAACAAGAAAUUGCCGAGAGGUUUUUUCAAGUGAUUGUAAAGUUGUUGAAGAAACGCACAAUAUCAGUUGCUGGAGCAACCAAUUUAAUUUCAGAUUUAAAUUUGUACUAUGAAUUCAUGUUGGAACAUAUCAAGUCAAACAAGAGAUUAAUUAUGCCAUUGUAUCAAGCGUUGAAGAAAAUUGGUAAUUUGUACCUUAUUAGUGGUGAUGACUCAAAAUCAAUUGGUAAAUUAGUGAGUGACUUGUCGAAAUUCAACGGUAUUUUUGGACAAGAGGAAAUUUAUGAGUUUGUUCAAAGAAGAGAAGAUUGGCCAUUGAUUAAAAAGUAUGUGGAAAAGGUCAUGUAUGGUUUUGGGUUUGGCGAUUGUACUAUCGUGUAG